CCUUUUCUUACCCUUUUUUUCUUCGUCUUUUUUUUUUUUUUUUUCCAUAUGGUUGCUCCAAACGCUCCCGCUCCUAGCGCUGAGCCUUCGCCCUCGGCGAGCCCGGCCCCCGUCCCCGUCUAUGAGACUGUCCGCAGCGCCGUUCUCUCGCAGGCCGGCGGUCUCCUCGGCCUCCUCUUCUGCUUCUUUGGCUACCGUCUCGCCAAGAUUGUCGUCUUCACUGGCGGCUUCUUUGUCCUCGGCGCCAUCUUCUACCUGUUCAGCCCUGGCUUUAUCAAGUCGGACCUGUGCUGCGGACCCCAAGGCGAAACCUGGGCCCACCUGCUCUUCUCUGCGCUUGUCGGACUCGUUGGCGGCUUGAUCGCCCUCAAGCUGAUGCGCUUUGGUCUGUUCUGCGUUGGUCUGCUGUUUGGCCUGAUUGCCGCCGUCCUGGUUCUGCAAACCCCGCUGGCCACCAGCAGCUUCAUGGAGAACGACUUUGCCUUUGGCUUCUUCUAUGGCGGCUGUGCCCUGCUGUUCGGUCUGCUUGCCGUGGUGUUUGAGAAGGCCGCCCUCGUGUUCAGCACUGCUGUUGGCGGCGCGUUCGCCUUCUACUUUGCCAUUGACUACUGGGUUGGCAGCUCGUUCUCGGACGUCAUUGUCUACUUUAUCACCCGCGUCCAGACAAGCAUCCAGGACUCUGUGCAAAACAACGAGGCGCCCACCAUGAUCGAGUUUGACCGCUCCUUCUCCGACGACGCGUACAUUCUCAUCUCCUGCUGGCUCGUCACUGCCCUCUUUGGCGUCAUCGUCCAGUACAAGAAGACCAGCAAGGGCUACAACCACCGCGCUCAGCCCCGCCAGCCCAAGUCCGUCGAUCAGACGCCUCCGUCCGUCCUUGUCAUGCGCAGCCCCGUCGCCAACACGACGAGCGAAAUCUAAUGACGCCUGUCAAGUACAUUGGCAGCGAGACCUGUUCAAUGAGGUCCUUCCACCUUGUCGUGUCUUCCUCGUUUUUUGUUUUUUUCCCGUUUUUCCCUCUUCCAACGUGUGCUGUCGACAGCUUUCGUCCGCAGCUCGGCGUGCGCGCACCAGCUUGUGCGCAUGGAAAUAAGUUUGCCGUUGCUUGCUUAUUCUUGUUAUGAAGUUCUCCCCAUUGCUAUGUUGUUGUUAUUGUUGGUGUUGUUGUUGAUGUUUUCGUUUCAGAAUGAAAAAGUGCAUUUUUAGACAAA